CGCGCGCCAAAAGUUAUCUUCGUUCAACUUUGGGAAUGCAAUCCAUACCGAUUGGAUUUUACUUUGCACCGACCCACUCGAUAAGAUAACGAAAUUAUCACCAGAUCCAUCAUUUCGGAAGUUUUUCUAGUUCCCGCAGUGCCCCGAAACCAUGAACUUGAACAGGAUCACAGCGACGGAUAUUCAAUCCCAGCCAUACGUCGCCGCGGAACCGCUAAGGCCGAUUCCGCGCGCGGAAAUGGUCUGGAUCGUUCUGGAAGCCUUGUUCGAUUUGAUCGUUUGCUACUUCCGAUGUAUCCCUCUGUGGAUUCGUUUGGUGCUGGACACAUUCCACCCACCGGCGCCGAAAACAAUCAGCGGUCAAAAUGCUUUGAUUACAGGCGGAGCGAAUGGAAUUGGCAGGGCGAUCGCCACUGAAUUGGCAAAGGAGGGAUGCAAUGUCAUCAUCGUGGACGAGGACCAGGUCAACGCGGAGAAAACUGCAGCAGAGCUGAAGGCAUUCAAUGUGGAUGCUUUCUCCUACAAGUGUGAUGUCGCCGAUUACGAACAGGUUAAGGAACUUCGCGGCCAGGUGGAAACGGACGUCGGUUCGGUUGAUAUACUGAUCAACAACGCUGGUAUUUUGUCUUUUCUGUUACCGAACGAAAACAACCCAUCGAUGAUACAAAGGAUGAUGGAAGUCAAUGCUUUGGCUGGAUUUUGGACGGUGGAGCAGUUCCUGCCAGGGAUGACACGCCAACGCAGAGGUCAUAUAGUUGCCAUUGCGUCGGCCUCGUCCUACUUCCCAGUCGGAUGGAUGAAAAAUUAUGUGACAACAAAGUACGCCGUUCGGGGUUACAUGGAAGCACUGGAUGAGGAGCUAUAUCUUGCCGGACAGUCGGAUUAUGUGAAAACAACGACGGUAUUUCCUUUUGUAGUCAACACUCGGAAGCAGGUUAUGGAUGCGAUAAAUCGGAAACGGGGUUUAUCCAAGAUGCCAAAAUAUUCGCCCGAAGAAACUGCCGCAACGGUGCUCAAAGCAAUCAAAAAUAAUCAACGCAAGGUGGUCGUACCUGAUCGAUUGAAGGCCUGGCAGUUGAGUUUCUACGAACAUAUUCCUAUCGAGAUUCGGCGAAAGCUCGAUCUUGCCGUGAUGAAGGAGAAACCAAUUGUCCUAGACUAAUAAUAUAAAGAUAUUGAAUAUUGAUUCCUAUAUUAUUUUUAGAAUGCUUUGUGUUAAAAUCAUUCCUGGUAUAGGAUUUUUUUCGUUGAAUGAACCCACAUACUUCUUCAAUGUCUACAAGUUAUCCAUCGGGGGUCAAUCUCAUCAUGAGUGACUUCCAAUAAAGUAACUGUUUAGGCGUUUUGAGACUUGAAUGCGAAUGUGUAACUCGAAGAGACUUCCGUUAUUCAGAUGCAUUUCAAGAAAUUGCUAUUCGCGUUGAUUUAAUGCCACUCCGAGUUUGGGAAACGGCAAUAAUGGAUUUUCAGGUGGAAUGAAAAUUACAAAUGUAAAUAAACUUCUCCGAAUCGAAUCUGUACUCUAUGUUAAAGAGUAAUGCCGGAUUUACAAUCCUUCACAAUGAGCGCGAUUUUUUUCUUCAAUAACGAUUUUUAUUCGUCAACCAAUCAGAGCAAAGCGCGAAAUCACCCAUGACAGUGCGAAAAAAGAUAGAACUCUCCAAGCUUUGGCUGCGAAAAUCGCGUUGCUUUGAUGAGAGACACUACAUACAUCAGACAGGUGGAACAAAAUAUGCUUGAUGGGUGGAACAAUAUAUCGAAAUAAAUGUUCAAUUCUAUACAUAUGAGACACUUCAUAAAGUGAGAGCUGAAUCGAUUACCUAUUGCAAGUGUUUUGCUGCAUAAUCAUAAUUAUUUUUACGCAUUUUUGUUAAUAUUUGAUUGAAUUCGUUAGUUUUUCAAUUAUUAAUUAUCUGGAGUUAUAUACUUGCUUUCACAUUUCUAGCGAUAUGAUUUUGUUCCACCAAUUUAGUACGACCUUGUCCAUAACAAAUAAUGGCAGUAUGAUUAGGGAGACGCAGGUUUGACAGACAGAUUAUGACAGAUCAUCUCGCGAUAUCGCGCACCAUUGUAAAGAGCUGAACUGAAAAAUAUCGCGAGUGAGUAUAUCGCAUGCGAUUAAAAGCCUGCAUUGUAAAGAAAGCAUAACACGUUUUUUUCGCAAAUUGUGAAAAGAUAUUAAACGAAAAAUGUGAUCGAUAAUGUUUUCAAAUUAUAAUCAUGAGUCUCAGUGAAAAUAUUAGAAUAAAUCCCUAUUAUUCUGAGCAGUGAAUGAAUUGAGAUGAUUUAAGUCACGGUGUUCCCGAAGGCGACUGGCGUGACUAUAGAAUGUCACUAGAUGAGAUUGGAAAUCAUGUCCUCAUAUGUUAUCGCCUCGCGUAUCAAAUAGAAGCUGAAAAGUAAGGUGGCUUUCACAAUAAAACGAGAAUCUUUGCUAUCUCACGUCAUUCGCCGCGCAGAAUAAAGGGGAAAAAAUCGACAAAUGGUUGAGUAAAGGCGGAAUUCGACCUAUUCAACAUGAUACAUGCUACAAGUAAAACGUAAACAACAAUGGAUAUGAUACUUGCGCGUUUUUUUAAAUGUUGUUUUCACCUCAGCCACUACAUAGUGGUGUGCGAUCGCGCACUACUCCAACAUAUGUCUUAAUGUUAUUAUUUUUAUAAUCAAUAAUUUUGUUGCUCCAUUAUUCUGGUGAAUUAUGAUAAUCGUCAAUAAAUGACGUAGUUGCCCCAACAUUGUCGUGCUACACACGCCGCACCGAUCCGCAAGCCAUUGGAUAAGGACAACAUCGCUCAACAAUACCAAUUAUGUCGUAAAAUGAUACACUCCAAUAAGCAAGAAGCAUUGACUUGUAGUAUGCAUCAAAUCGAAUAGGUGGAAUCCCGCCUUAAGGGUCAGGACUCCAGGUUUCAAGCAAUCUGGUCCUGGUUGGACCAUGGCGACCGAUAGUGGACUUUUCUAAAAAUCAUUUUCUAACUUUAUGAUUGCUAUUCGGAUUUAGUCGGUUCUUUCUAUGGCCCACUACAGAAUAUUAAUAAGAAACUAUUCUGUUUUAUAAUAUGAAGACGGUAUAACGGUAAAA